ACCAAAAAUGCUAAAAUAACACUUUGUGUAAUUGUUUAGCAUGACAGUUCGAUGGUUGAUCAGAUGACAAGACUCAAACUCAAACUGCUGGAGAAGAGACUGGAAAACCAAAAGCACAAUAUGGACGACAGAGCGGAGUCUGCCCAGUCUGCAAGGAGUUUUGAUGGAGAGUUGGAUCAACUGCACCGUGCACUGAGGCGAAAGCAGGACCUACUGCAAAGACUCAGGGAGCAGCACAUGUUAGAGGACCUCAACAGACCUCACACCUGGGGAGGGUCACAAAGACAGUACAAGUCAAAUUUCUUCACUGCCCCUCAACCGCCUCCACCACUCCCACUCCACCAACCAGCCCCUGCUCUGUCCUUUCUGCCCCAUCUACCACCUGUUCCGCCUCAGCCUCCACGCAUCAUCCAGCAGACUGUACCCCAGCAGCCUGCCACCAUCAUACAACAGCUGCUGCCACAGCAGGAGCCUCUGAUUCCUCCACCUCAGCCCUACCCUGCACCCCGCUCAGGCAGCAUCAAAGAGGACAUGGUGGAAUUGAUGCUGAUGCAAAAUGCCCAGAUGCACCAGAUCAUAAUGCACAAUAUGAUGCUGAAAGCCAUGCCUCCUAUGUUGCCAGCUGGAGGGCCCAGUCACUGUGCCCCUCAAACUACAUAUCUUGGGCAGGAAAGUUACCAAGGAAACCCCAUUUUUUUAAGGCCAGAUGUCAAACCAAGAGGAAGUGCUGUCCAUCAUCAUCAUCACUAUGGUCCUACCCUUGCAGCACCACAGCUGCCUCCCAUCAGCCACCCUACAUGGCUACCAGGGGUGGCGUCUGACCCAGCAGGGGGACAGCUACCCUCGUUACACCAUGUAACAGCCCCUUCCACACUCCCACCACUCAAUGUGUAA